AUGAUGGAAUACGGAAGAACGCGCAAAGGGCCGCUGCCUGGAGGUCGCCAGGGCGCGUCUGGAGCUGGCGCUGGACGCGGCAGCAUGCGAACCGCCAGCCGAGCGCGAGGUGCUGCACGACCACCCAGCAGCCCCUCGCAUCCAUCAUCCCCACCAGCUGGCUUGGUGUCGGCAGGGUCUUCGCGGGCCCAGCAAUCGGCACCCGCCUCUGGUGGAGUACGCCGCAUGCGUUGGACAACCCAGAUGAACAGCAACGCAUUGCGGGCGUAUUUUGGGGCGAAAGGGGGAGAAACUGGAUGUUUGGCGUAUCGGGCUAGGAUGCAUCGUCUUUUUGCUGAGCUGGAGCCAUCUUUAACCGUCACAGAGCAAAACCUGGCAGACCGAGUUCGGUAUAUCUUGCGCUCAAAUAUAUUUGAUGUCGCCGAACUCGAACGGCUACGACGUGAGGCUGUUCCCUCGUCGGAUGAGAAUGCUACGGCUGAGGAUGCGGCGCCACAAAUGGUAGAGCAACCCGCAAACGUGGAUGCCGCCGUGAAUACCCCAGUUGUGGUUGAUUCAAACGAUGAUGGAACAGUCGCCCAGGAACUGGAAUUAGAGCAUAUGAGGAGUACAUUGGAAGAGGCGAUUGUGGAAACGCGCAGUACGCCUCUCGAAAAUCGACCGCGACUUCCCCCGCAUAGCCCUAAGCAAGCGGAAUCGGGCUGUCGUGAGGGCUCUGAACCCAAUGCUGGUGACCUAUUUGGAAGCCAGCCGGGACCUUUGCGAGACGGACUCAAUUCUUUUUGGCGCCGCGCUGGCAGUCUGCCGUAUCAUAGGCGCCAAGGUUUCCACGGCUGGACGCGCUACUGGCCAUAG